AUGGUUCACGGCAACUAUCUAUUCACCUUGCUCUUGGUUUCAUACAACUUCUCGAUUGAGGGUGCUACUCGCGUGGCGUCACUGUACAGCUUCUGUGCCGUCGUUGUGGGAUCCAUCCUAGGAGCUGUCGUCAUCAAACUUCGCCGUCUGAAACACGUCAUCCUGGCAGGCAUUCUCCUGUGGUUUGUGGGAGGUGGCCUAAUCUACCACUACCGUGGAGGCUCAGGCUCAAAAUCCGGCAUCAUCGGUGGAGAGAUCGUCAUUGGUACUGCCGCAGGGUUUUUCUCCUGGCCAACUCUAAUCAUGAUUCAAACCGCGGCACGGCACCAGUAUGUUGGCGUCCUGAUCUCCCUCGUUUUCACUGUCAACUCCAUCGGCCAGGCCUUCGGUAACUGCGUCUCUGGCGCAAUCUGGUCGCAAAGAUUGUUCGACGAGCUCAAGAAAAACCUUGCGCCCUUCAACAAUGCAACCCUCGCCUCGUCGGUCUAUGCUGCGCCCCUGUUUGUGGUACCGGAGUAUGUCAUCGGCUCACCUGAGCGAGACGCGAUCAUUGCCAGUUAUCGAUACAUGCAGCGGAUUCUCACAAUUACGGCGAUCUGCAUUGUCGUCGUCAUGUUCAUUCUUGCUUUAUUCCUACACAACCCUUUACUCUCGGGUCAGCAGACUCAGCCGGAAGCUGAGGGCGAGGAUGCGGCAGCACAGGCCAGAGAGCUCCAAAAACUUCAAGACGAGGCCAAGUGA